AAGCCAGGCCCUGCGGAUAAAAUGGCGGUGCUUUCUGCAAAACCAAAGUGUAGAGCAACCAAAGAUGGUGUAAGGAGCACACUCUACAAAGGCCUCAGUGGGGAUUUGCCUGAUCUUUCUGUCCUUCGGGUGACAGAGGCGUAUAAAGAUUUUUCUAUGGCGGAGGCGCCGAUGAUUUGCAGCAUGGGCAUCAGCUGUGAAAUUCCCCUUGUUGACUCUGCCCUUGGCAAGGUUCAAGCCGGAAGUCCAUUGUCCUACCAACAACCAGCAACAGCAAAGAGAGACCUGUCCUUCCAUGCUACCCCACCACGUCCAUGUAUGCCUCUUCAGAAUUACCACCUACAGCCAUCAAGUUGCAUGUUUGUCUGCACUGAACCACAACACCAACACUAUAGGAGUCUGGAGGUCACCUGGGACAUGGUACACAAAUUUGAAUGUGCUACUAGAGCACAAAGUUUAUGUACUGAAUGGCAUCAGCUAAGGAGGCAUAGAUUGACGGCCUCACGUUUCAGGGAGAUCUGCCAGGUUGGAGAGAACGCUGAAGAAGGUCUGGCUAACCAUAUACUGCAAGUAACCCGUCAGACGGCAGCUAUGAAGAGGGGGCUCAAAUUAAAGGCAGAUGCUAUCUGGGAAUAUUGCCAAAUGAAAAGGGUCAACCCACUAGGGUGAAUUCAGGUAUAUUGGGACAUCAGGUAAUUUGGGACAGCAUAAGGAAAAAACAUUUUACUUCUGCUUUGAAAAGGCUAUGGUAAA